GCCGCGUAUCGCGCACAAAUUAAUGAGUUUUCUCGAAAUUUAUCCAGGAAAGACGAUAUAAGAACAACGACUGGCUACGCUACUACGGCUAACUAGCUAUGCUCUCGUUCUUCUUUGUCGGCGUUUCCUUGCUGCUGGGCCUACAGGUCCAGACGGCUGUGGCCUUCAUCGAGUGUAGUGUCCUUGACUAUGGCGCUGUCGCUGAUAACUCCACCGACCUUGGACCUGCUCUGACCGCCGCAUGGCAGGAGUGUGUUAUACCCCAAGUUACCACCACCGUCGCAACGGAUGUUCUUCUUUACGUUCCCGCAGGAUCCUACCUUCUUGCAUCCACUGUAACGUUUGAUGGCGCAGAGAAUUGGAACUUGCACAUCGCCGGGGACAUCUACCUACCCUUUAAUCCGGAUCUGACUGGAACUAUGCUUACUUUUGAGAACUGCGAAAACAUUCUUUUAGAUGGACCAGGCGCGAUAUAUGGCAACGGAUACCGCUACCGUCCAGAUGGCGACCUUACCCUGUACCCCAGUCGUCCACGUCUCAUUCGUUUCCAAACCUGCAACAACUGCGAAAUAACACAAGUGUAUCUUUAUGAUGCUCCCAUGUUCCAUGUUACGAUUAUCGGCGACAAUGUAGCUCACGACAUGGCUAUAAUUGCUUCCCAUAUUGGAGAAACUGAUGGCUUUGAUAUGAGUGGGAACAACAACUACGUACACGAUGUCUCGGUCGAGAAUGGAGAUGAGUGCGUCACGGUCAAGACGCCGACUAAUGGCUUCGUUGCUGAACGAAUAACCUGCAAAUGGACAGCUGGUUGCAACAUAGGCUCUUUCGGCUCGGGUGCAACAGGUGUUGAUGUCCAGAACGUAUAUUACAGCGAUGUAACCAUCUCAAACUCCGACGCGGGGGUCAUGAUCAAGAGUUAUCCCAACUGUCAGGGAACUGUAAAGAACAUCACUUACACUGGAUUUACACUCGAUGCUGCCGCAUAUCCGAUCUAUAUCAGUGCUUUCUGGGAGGGAGGAACUGAUGACACUGGCACUUUGGAAAUUUCCGACGUGACCUUCGACAACUUUGUGGGAACCGGAACCCCUACUCGUCCUGCUGUGCUUCUGGAUUGUAACAAGGCCACGCCAUGUGAGGACAUUAUUUUUACAGAUAUUUCACUCACCGACACUACUGCUGACACUUUCACCAAUGCUUGUGGUACUGGUUUGAGCGGAUUGGACGCCUGCUAAGCGCCUAAUACCGUCAAGUAAAAUAUUUUUCCACUGUUUUUAUUCCUAUGCAUUCGAAUGCAAUCAAACUCGAUACCCAAUUUGAAACUACUAUCCGAGUUUCAAGUCACUGUGAUAGGCUGGUGCAAGACAACUUCUCUCUGGGAUAACUUCACAAAUACCAGCUGCAGAAUCCGCCCACC